AAUAAAGUCCUGAAUCAGCACUAAGUACAGGUACAAUCGCAUGAAGUUUGCCAUGCAAAGUGUAUCAAGGUAAUGUAUGCCGAUCUAAAAUGUAGUAACCCAGUAUAGGUGCCUUUUCUUUGACUUACUUUGUCUCCUUUUCCUACUUGAAAAUGCAACUUUAAAAAUAUAUUUUUGGCAGGAAAGGUCAAGUGACAUCCAUCUGCUUAAAUAUAGCACGAAAUCACAAAUAGCAAUAGCAGUGUCAAAAUUCGUCAUUAAACUUGAUCACGUGAUAUCGUUUGCAAAGCCAUGUAUAUGUCUGGUCUGGAUUACCUUCCCUUUGUAAACACAAAAUAUUUACAAUAGAUGCUGGGAACCAGACUAUGCUGAGUCACAUCAAAAUGGAAACAAAAAUAUGCCACAUUCGCGAAUGCGAUUUUGUACACUAUUGUGGCUAUAAUGAAAAAGUGUGUCACGACCUUUCAUAUACUGUAUGUUUAUGAAACAUAUGUUGACCCAUAUUUUAAAUCUACUUCUAAAAAUAAAGAAACUUUACGUUGAUGUGUUAUCUGAAAACAUCAAAGAUAACAUCGUUAAAUGUUUAAUAUUUUGAUACAAACAUUUAAGUAUUUUCCUCAUAGUAACAGUUGUUUUACCAGUUGAUUUUAUCAGGCCAAUUAAACGCUGAUAAAAUGUGAAUCUGAAGGAAAAUAUUUCUUACAAACAAGCAGUUGUAAAAAUAGUUUUAUAAUAUAAAAUUGAUUGUUUUGGAGUUUCAACAAAUUAAUCACAUGAAUAUUUACGUAGCAACAUUUUUAGAAAAACUAGGAUCCCAACUGGCCUAUCUUGUUCCUAAAGAGAACUCUCUGAUACAUCUAAAAUGACAAAACUGACUUCUACACAAUGUAAGUUGCUAUUUUAUUACGUUAGACCUAUAGAAUAUUCACAUAGUUAUUAAGCAAGGAUUAAUCUUGUUAAGCAUACAUAUGUUAUAUACAUGAUUAGAUAAAGAAAAUAUUUCUUUAGUUGCAUUGACUUUUGUCAGGUUUGGUUACAGGGAAUCUUGUCAGGUUUGGGUCACAAGGGACUUUAUAAAGUUUAGUUACAGGGGAUGUUGUCAAAUUAAGUUGCAGGGAAUUUGGUCAGGUUUGGUUACAGAUGAUUUUGUAAGGUUUGCUUACAGGGGAUUUUGUCAGGUUUGGUUACAGGGGAUUUUGUUAGGUUUGGUUACAGGGGAUUUUGUCCGGUUUGGUUAUUAAGGAUUUUGUAAGGUUUGGUUACACAUGAUUUUGUUAGGUUUGGUUACUGAGGAUUUUGUCAAAUUUGGUUCCGGUGGAUUUUGUUAGGUUUGGUUACUGUGGAUUUUGUCAGGUUUUGUUACUGAGGAUUUUGUAAGGUUUGGUAACAGGCAAUUUAAUAGUUUGGUUACUGGGAUUUUUUUCAGGUUUAGUUGCAGGGGAUUUUGCCAGGUUUGGUUAUAGAUGAUUUUGUUAGGCUUGAUUACAGGGGAUUUUGUCAAGUUUGGUUACAGGGGAUUUUGUCAAAUUUUGUAACAAGGGGCUUUUUAUCUCUUAAUAGCUUAUUACAUUGAGCACUGUUUUUCUUCAGGUGAUUAUUAUCUAAAAUACUCUAAAUCAAUCAUUACAACAAUUAAAAUGACAUGCUUACACUUUCUAAUAAAGACACGAUAUACAUGUAUAUAAGUUCUGAGGCUUAAUAUGCUAUUAAACAUUUCUAAACACUUCUUAUUAAGAAAUAAGUAAGCAUAUCUACAUGCCAUUAAAACGGGUGGCAAACGCUUCUAUAAGAUUCAUAAAUAAGAUGUGUUAGUUUUUUUUUUAUUUAUUCUAGAUGAAGUUCCUGAGCUUGAAGACAAGGUUUUUGCAAGCAAGAUAGAAGUUAUGUUUGUAGAUAUACCAGUGUUAGCAAAAUAUAGGACGAAUCUGGUCAAUCUAAAAUGGGCACACACCGCAUGGAAUGGAGUGGAUAUUUUAAUGAAAACAUUUGAAAAGGAUGAGCCGCUACCAAACUUUAUUCUUACUAAAACUCCGGGCUCCCUGAAUGCAGAGCACAUUACAGAGUAUGUGAUCGGUUAUAUUAUAGCCAAAGAGAGGCUUUUCUUCCAAGCCAAGGAGUCGCAGCAAAAGUCUAAAUGGGAACAAAUGAUUUAUGCUAAAAGUCGAGUCUUGUCCUCUCUAACAAUUGGUAUUCUAGGUGCAGGAGAAAUUGGACUUCAUCUUGCAAAAUCAUGUAAGGAGUUUAAAAUGAAAGUAUGGGGGUUAACGAGGAUGGAACACCCACCAGAAACCCAGAGUCAAUACAUUGAUGUUUAUAGGACAACAAAUCAACUAGAGGAAUUGCUAGAAAAUUGCGAUUAUAUAUGUAAUAUCUUACCAAGCACACUACAGACUAAGGACAUGUUGUCUGGUAACAUUCUGGAAAAUUGCAAAGCAAAGAAAAGUAUUUUCAUCAAUGUUGGACGUGGAGAUGUCGUAGAUGAAGAAAGCAUAAUUAAAGCAAUUAAUAAUGGAUGGCUAGGUGGAGCAGUCUUAGAUGUAUUCCAUGAAGAACCAUUGCCUUCUUCAAGUCCCCUGUGGAACCUCCGAGGAGUUAUUGUGACCCCACAUGUUUCCGGCUGGUCCUCAGAUGGUUCCCAUAUCAGCAAUCUGUUGGCAUGUUUUGUGGACAACUUAAACCGUUAUGUGACAGGACAGCCAUUAAAAGGGACUCUAGAUUGGUCACAAGGAUAUUAAUAAAUAGACAUAUGUGCUUAUUGCUUGUAAAUAAAACACUGCUAACGUUAGUAAAACUUCACUGUUGACAAUGAAAAGCAAAUUAUUUAUAAUGCUUCAUUAUUCAAUGAAAAGCGAUCUUUGUGCUCAGUUGAAACCAAAUCAU